GGGAGUGUGCAGGGUCCCGUUGGGAAAAGACCAGCAGAAUGGAUACGAUAAAGUUGGUGCUUGUAGCGCUCUCUAGAGGCUCGUAUGAGGCGUUUCUCUGUCGUCAGGUUUGAGAGAAAGGAAGUGUGCAAAGCUUACUCCUCACAUGGGUGAUGUUUGUUGUGGUGUUUUGUCGCUGUUGUUUGCACGGGGAUACAGCUGUAACUCUUUCACAAACAAAACACUUUUUUCUUCACGAAGAUGUCUUCCGACAGCGCUGGAAGUGUUGGAGGAAUUCAAGGCUAUCUGAUAAAGCUCCAUGGUUAUCUUACUGAUUCUGAUACAAGGAGUGCUGCUCUAAGGUGCCAUGACAUUAUUGGAGAUUUAGGGCAAGAGUGCAUGGUUACUAAGAGCGAGAAUGAAUUAGCUUUACAGGCGUCCUUGCUAUUCGCAAAAGAAGAGGGUUUACUCGGUUUUCUCAGAAAAUCCUUGUCUAACGAAGAGCUGCGAGAUGCCCGAGUGGAUGUUAUGCAUCUUUUGGAUACCUUUCUUCAGAGGAUGUCCACUAGUGUCAAAGGAUGGGAGAAAACCUACGCCAUUGAGCUGAAGGACACGUGUUUGGUUGUGUACACCAAAGAUAAAGCAGCCAAAUGCCGUGCCCCAGCCUUGGAGCUACUGAUCAAGAUCUUGUAUCUAACAAAGGACUCCAGUGUUGGCCAAGAUUUGCAAGUGGGGGAUAUGUUCAACAAGUUUUAUGGCGAAUUAUGUCAGAAGAACAAGAUACCUGAUACAGUGCUUGGUAACAUCUAUGAGCUCUUGGGAGUAUUGGCCGAGGUUCAUCCCAGUGAGAUGGUGGCAAACUCAGAAAAACUCUACAGAGCAUACCUUGGGGAGCUGAAAGGGCAGAUGACCUCUGCUACGAGGGAACCGAAACUGCCCGUGGUGGCUGGGUGCCUGAGAGGGAUCACAGCACUCAUGGUGAACUUCACCAAGUCUAUGGAGGAGGAUCCAGCAACUUCAAAAGAUAUCUUUGAUUAUGCACUGAAGGCUAUCAGUCCUCAGAGUGAAAUGAAACGUUAUGCUGUCACUUUUGCUGGACUUAGGCUGUUUGCUAAGCAUGCUGUCCAGUUCAGCUGCUGUCUAAUGGAUCACUACAGAACGGUGUUUGAGGUCAUGUCCAAACUGUGUGGCCACAUCAAUGCGGAGAUGAAGAAGACCAGUUAUUAUGCCCUGGAGUCAUUUCUAAAACAAGUAGCAGUUCUGGUGGCAGAAAACAUAGAACUGCACAAAAGCAAGCUGAAGUUCUUCAUGCAGAAGUUCUGUGCCAUCAUUAAGACCAUGGACUCCUCUAACAAGGAGCUCUCCAUCGCCAUACGAGGAUAUGGACUUUUUGCGGCUCCGUGUAAGGUGGUCUGCCCUCAGGAUGUGGACUUGAUGUACACAGAGCUGAUCCAGCGCUGCAAGCAGAUGUAUCUCACGGAGUCAGACCGGGAUGACGACAACAUCUACCAGCUCCCCAGCUUCCUGGAUUCCAUUGCCAGUGUCCUUGUACACUUGGACAAGAUUCCUGAGGUCUACACUCCUGUCCUGGAGCGGCUCCUGGUGGUCCAAAUUGACAGCUUCCCCCAGUACAGCCAGCGGAUGCAGCACACCACCUGCCGAGCCAUUGUCAAGGUGCUUGUUGCCAUGGCAGCCAAGGGUCCAGUGCUGUGGAGCUUUAUCAGUUCUGUUGUGCACCAGGGAUUGAUCCGUGUUUGUUCGAAGCCAAUACCUCAACUAGAGGACGGUGGCACUACUCAGAGUGGUUCCACAGAGGACGAAGGUGGGGAGUCCACCCAGAUGCGCACUGGGAAAUGGAAGGUUCCAUCCUGCCGGGACUAUUUGGAUCUUUUCAGGGGCAUUCUAGACUGUGAAAAUCUCAGGGACACUGGGUUUUUAGAGGGAGCCAUGGCAGCCCAAAACUCAAACCUGUCAUCCCUGAAUCGCCUUUUGUAUGAUGAGGUGGUGAAGUCCAUCAUAAAGAUCAUAGAGAAGCUGGAUCUCUCUGUUCAGAAGGUCAACACGGAGGAGGAGGCAGUGCAGGGACAGACUGAUGUCUUUGUGCCGUCAUCAGACCCUGCAGCCCACCUUGUCCCCAACAGACCCAAAGACUUCACUGCCUUUAUCAAUCUGGUGGACUUCAGCAGUGAGCUGUUGUCCCGGAAGAGGCUGGAGUAUUUCGAGCAGUGGGUGUACCCUCUGAGCCACGAGCUCAUUCUCCACUCCAUUCGCUUCCCACUGGUCAGCGGCUUCUACCGGCUGCUCUCCCUCACCAUGACCAUAGCCAAGAAAAUCAGAUACUUCCAGGGUGUUAGCCCCAGGAGCUACAAAUCCAUAGAGGACAAGGAUCCAGUUAAAUGUGCCUGCUUUGCUCUUGUGUCCAAGUUCGGAAAAGAGGUGUCCGUUCGCAUUAAGCAGUAUAAGGACGAGCUGCUGGCUGCCUGCCUGACAUUUGUCUUGUCACUGCACCAUGACGUUGUUGCACUGGACAUCAAGGCCUACAUCCCCGCCCUUCAGGCUGCCCUGCGUCUGGGUCUGAGCCACGCGCCCCUGGCCACGGCUGCGCUGGACGCUCUGGAGCUGUGGUCCUCAGAGAUCCCGCGAGAGACCAUGCAGCCGCACUACGGUGACAUCCUGCCUCACCUGGACGGCUACCUGAAAACAGCCGCUGGGGACAAAGACGAGAGUGGUAUGGAGGUGCUGUGUCUGUCCUCUGGCAGUGAGAAGGGUUAUGGGAGAGUGAUGAUGAGGCUGCUGAAGAAGGCCAAGCACCUGCCCAUGGGAGACGAGUCGCCCAUCGCAGUGGUGCGGAGGAGGGUGGUGAGGCUGUUGGGCCACCUGGGAGGGCAGCUGAACCGGAGUCUGGUGACAGCCAUCUCUACGGAGGACAUGAUGAAGAAGUUUGUGGCGUGGGACAGUGAGAGGAGGCUGAGCUUCGCCGUGCCCUUCUCAGACAUGAAGCCCGUUAUUUACCUGGACUGCUUCCUGCCUCGCAUCACAGAGCUGGCUUUGACCUCCAGUGACAGACAGACCAAGGUGGCAGCCUGUGAGCUGCUCCACAGUCUGGUGGUGUAUAUGGUGGGCAAGGGGGCUCAGAUGGCCGAGGGGGAGAUGUCCGCUCCUCCCAUGUACAACCUCCACAAGCGCGUCUUCCCCGUGCUGCUGCGACUGGCCUGCGAUGUGGACCAGGUGACAAGGCAGCUGUUUGAGCCUCUGGUUAUGCAGCUUAUCCACUGGUUCACCAACAACAAGAAGUUUGAGAGUCAGGACACCGUUGCUGUGCUGGAGGCCAUCCUAGAUGGCGUGAUCGACCCGCUGGACAGCACCCUACGGGACUUCAGCGGCCGCUGCAUCCAGGAGUUUGUGAAGUGGUCCAUCAAGCAGACCACGCCCAAGCAGCAGGAGAAGAGCCCGGCCAACAUAAAGUCCCUCUUCAAGCGCAUCUACAGCCUGGCGCUGCACCCCAACGUCUUCAAGAGGCUGGGCGCCGCGCUGGCCUUCAACAGUAUCUACAGGCAGUUCAGGGAGGAGAAUUCCCUGGUGGAGCAGUUUGUCUUUGAAGUUCUUGUUGUAUUCGUGGAGAGCUUGGCGCUGGCCCACGCAGAUGAGAAGUCGAUGGGAUCAGUGCAGCAGUGUAACAGUGCCUUGGAGCACCUGAAGAGGAUCAUCAAACACAAGGCUUCCUCACUCAGCCAGAGCGCCAAACGACGCACUCCCAGAGGGUUUCCUCUAGGCACCCUCUCGCUGUCGGAGGUGGUACUGUGGCUGCUGGAACAAUGCGGCCGACCACAGACCGAAUGUAGACACAAAUGCAUGAAGCUCUUCUAUGAAUUUGUACCCUUACUACCAGGGAAGAGCUCCCCUGCUCAGUGGCUGGAGGAGCAGGUGCAGAGGGAGGGUGUGGGCUUCCUGGUGUCCAGGCUGGAGGGGGGAGGCCUGCUGAGCCAGCCCACUCUCCGGGCCCUGCAGGCCCCCUUCAGCGUGAGGGUCACCCUGCAGUGGAUGGACGUGCUCCUGGCCGCCCUGGACUGCUACAACACCUUCACAGGGCUGCACCUCAUUCAGCCGUUGCAGAUACUAGGGUCGGAGGAGAAGUCAAGCUUCCUGCUGGCAGUGCAGUUCUUCCUUACAGAGCUGGCGGGGCAAGACCUGGAGGCAGCAGAGCGUUGUUUCCACACAGUGGCGCCAACGUCCCUCUACAGCCCCCGUGAGCGAGAGCUCUACGCCUACAGCAAGUGUACUGUCAUUGUGAGGCUGCUGGAGUUCACCUGUAUGGUACUGGGCAAGUGCCAACAAGACACCUGGAAGUUGUUAGAAGUAGGUAUCUUCAACCCUGCCUUCUUUGAACUGGUUGCAAUGACCUUAUGUGAGCCAUCCUCCAUUGGGUUUGACAUGGCGGACUUGGAGGUGAUGACCCACCUGCCGCAAGUUUGCGUGCCCCUGCUGAAGGCUCUGGCCACCUCUCCCUACAAACAGAGGCUGGAGGCCAGCCUCAGGAAGAGAAUCUCUGCUCAAAGUGUGGAGGACCUGUGUGCAGUUGAUCUGUAUAAUCCUGAUGCUCGUGGAAGCCACACUAAGACCGUGAUCAUGCUUUCUGCCUGCAAACAACUUCACCAGUCUGGCCUUCUUACCGCUGUAAUACACAGUGAGGAUGCCAGCUACAGCCACUCUCUGGGCUCCAGGUUACUCCUGGCCGUAUAUAAAGGCAUAGCCCCUGGAGAGGACAGGAAGUCCCUCCGAUCCAUGGACGUUGGCAGCAGGAAACUGGCUGAUGGGCUUGUGCAGCUAGCAUUCUCAUUGGGUGGACAGAGUGAGCAGGUAGUGGGCCUGUUGCUCAACACCAUCUCGCUCUCAGUGCCUCUGUCUGGCAGCCUGAACCCCAAGUUCCUGAGCUUCUCUCACGGCGAGUAUUUCUACAGCCUGUUCCACUGCACCAUCAAUGCUGAGCUGCUGCGCUGCCUGGACUCUGCUGUGCCUCUGCUGCUGGCGGCCGCCAGUCAGAACCCCAGCAUGGUAAGCAUUCUGCUCAACGGCAUGCUGGACCACAGCUUCCGUGAGCGUGCCGUGAGGCAGAGUCAGGGCUCCCGAUUGGCUGACCAGAUUCUCCAGAGGUGGGAGGCCUUGCGGCCGUGGUGGGGGAGCCCCGCCUCUUCUCCCCAGAGCAAAACGUCCACUCUCACGCUUCUCUCCAAAGUGCUGCAGAUUGACUCUUCAGUGUGCUCCAACGCCAAUCACCAGGCCUUCCAGCCCAUCUUCACCACCUACACCACCCUCAUCGUCGACAUGAGUCUGCCUCUGGACCUCAAGAGCCAGGCUCUUAUCAUGCUGCCGUUCUUCACGGUUCUGCCGGCCGAGCCGCUGGCGGAGCUGCAGAGGGCUCUGGAGGUGCUGGUGGCCUCACACUUCCCCAUGCAGUCAGACGAGUUCCCCCGUGGCUCGCUCCAAUGCAACAACUACAUGGACUGCGUCCGCAAGUUUUUAGAUGCCCUUGAACUGUCCCAGAGCCCUUUACUGCUGAAGCUCAUGACUGGGGUUCUGUGCCGUGAUAAGAAGCACAUCAUGGAGGAGCUGUUCCAGACCUGCUUCCAGAGGCUUGCCAGACGUUCCAGCGUUGACCGGCAAGGGGAGUUACUCUCUGCCAUCUACAAGAUGUUCCAUGAUGGAGAUGUUCCAGUACGUUCUAUGCUGCUGGCAGUGCUGGACCGUGUGCUGCUCCCUCUGGCCACGCACUGCAGCUCUAGAGCCCUCAGCCAGUUUUUCAUCCAGAACAUCUCGGACGUCAUGGCAACACUACAAGCCCGCUUCACCAGGGCGAACGAGGCCACCUUUGAGACUCAGGUGAUGAUGAAGAGAGGCUUCUAUAAACUGAUGGAGCUGCUGUACUCCCGUCUGCCCAAAGAUGAGCUCUACUCCAAAGACUCCCAGAUCAACCAGGCCUUCUGUGGAGAAACCAAAUCUGAGGGCAAUGAACUUUCAAAGAAUCUGCUUAAGUCGUGUUUUGAGGCCUUCACUGAGAACAUGGCGGGAGAGACCCAGCUGCUGGAGCUGAGGAGGCAGCUGCACUGCGCCGCAUACAGCUGCGCCAUCGCACUCAUCUGCUGCAGCUUCAACGAGACCAAGUUCUACCAAGGCUUCCUGUUCACCGAGAAGCCAGAGAAGAAUCAGUUUAUAUUUGACAACCUAAUAGAUAUCCAGAGGGUAUACAACUUCCCCAUUGAGAUUGAUGUUCCUAUAGAGCGGAAGAAGAAGUAUGUUAUGAUCCGUAAGGAAGUGAGUGGAGAGAAUAGAGAUGCGCCUGUGUACCUCUCCUCCCAGUCCUACAUGGCUGACAGCAGUCUAAGUGAGGAGAUGAGCCAGUUCGACUUCUCUACUGGAGUGCAGAGCUUUUCCUACAGCUCCCAGAAUCCUUCAGGCCACAUCAGGGCCAAGAGGACACAGGAGCAAGCAGAGAUGAUGGAAGAGACAGUGGAGCUGGAGAUGGACGAGCUGAACCAGCAUGAGUGUAUGGCCACUAUGACUGCUCUUCUCAACCACAUGCAAAGGAACAAGAUCACACCCACAGUAGAGGAGGGCACCACUCCCUCUGACCUAACUCCGUGGAUGAAGUUCCUGCACGGCAAGCUGGGAAAUCCAUCCACAGCACUCAAUAUCCGCCUGUUCAUUGCCAAACUCAUUAUCAACACAGAAGAGGUGUUCCGUCCCUACGCCAAACACUGGCUGGGGCCGCUGCUGCAGCUAGUGGUGUCUGGCAAUAAUGGUGGGGAGGGGAUCCACUUCAUGGUGGUGGACAUCGUGGUGACCGUGCUCUCCUGGACCAGUCUGGCCUCACCCAAGGGCAACACCAAAGACGAGGUCCUGGCCAACCGCCUGUUGGAGUUUCUUAUGCGAAACAGCUUCAACCAGAAGAGGCCAGUGUUCCGCCACAACCUAGAGAUUAUCCGCACAGUGGUGGAGUGUUGGAAAGACUGCCUGCAUGUUCCUUACAGUCUGAUACACGCCCGCUUCGCUGGAACAGACCCCAACAGCAAGGACAACUCUGUUGGACUGCAGCUUCUGGGCAUUGUGCUGGCCAAUAACCUGCCUCCGUAUGACACUGACUGUAGUGUCGACCAAGAUAGGUAUUUCCAGUCCCUGGCCAACAAUCUGGGUUUUGUACGGUACAAAGAGGUCUUCUCUGCUGCUGCUGAAAUCAUUGGCUUGAUCCUGAACUACGAGGCAACAAACAAUGAACAUGACGAGUCUUUAUUUAGUCUUGCCGUUUCAAAGCUGAAGGACCUGAAGAAGAAAAACAUGGAUGACAAAUUCAUUAUUGGCCUGAGCAAAGUGUGUAAGCACUUCCCCCCUCUAGUGGACAGCUUUGUCAAUGCCGUGUUCUUCCUGAUGCCAAAGCUGCAUGGCAUCCUGAAGACCCACUGUCUGGAGUGUGUGGCCAGCCGUGCUGAGGUCAUUCCUGACAUCUACAUGCACCUCAAGACCAAAGGCUUCACCCAAAUCAUGACCCACAGAGAUGAGGCCAGGCAGCGUGUGUGUCUGGACAUUGUGCAUAAGCUGCUGGCCUCCUUGAAGCCAGACGAGCUGAAGGAGAUGCUGCCGGCCGUCUGCUCAUUCUCCUCCCACCCAUCACCUGUCUGCCGUGAGCGCAUGUACGACAUCCUCAUGUGGAUCCAGGACAACUACAGCGAUUCUGAGAGCAAAGAAGAUCAGACUUCUCUGGAGGUGUUGAAUGCAGCCAAAGACACUCUGCUUCAGGGACUCACAGAUGAAAACGCUGGUCUCCAGCUGUAUGUGCGUAACUUCUGGAGUCACGAGAGCCGGUUGCCGGGGGCGACGCUGGAGCGGAUGCUGGUGGUGCUGCGUUCUCUGUACUCCCCACGCAUCGAGGAGCGCUUCCUCAGCCUGGCCACAGACCUGCUGCUGGAGAGGACCAGCCAGAGCCCCGACUACACCCGCAACAUGUUUGAGUACCCGCUCUCCGAGUGCAAGUUCCAGGAAUACAAGGUUGAUGCGAACUGGCGUCUGCGCAGCACCGUGCUCACCCCCAUGUUUGUGGAGACCCAGGCGUCUCAGAGUGAACGGGGCGGCAGCGCAGGCUCCCAGCCCAGCAGCAUGGACGGGCAGGUCAGGGCCACCCAGGGCUCCCUGGAGUUCAGCCUCACACAGGCUCCAGGCGCAGGCAGACGCACUGCAUACAACUGGCUGACGGGCAACAGUGUGGACACGCUGGCGGAGUACUCCCUGCCUGCCUCGGAGUCCAUGUCCUCGCUGCUGGUGUUUGGGAAGAAGAACAGACCCGCCUCCUGGAAGAGUGUGGGGGCGGGCUUCGGCUCGAAGCGCAGCACCGCUCCAUCUGAUGAGGCAGACAGCAGAAGUGCAGCCGAGCGCGAGCGGCGGGCUGAUAUUCUGAGGCUGAGGAGGCGCUUCCUGAAGGACCAGGAGAAAGUCAGCCUGCACUUCGCCAAGAAGGAGAUCAGCUCACAGAGGCAGGAGAGGGAAAAGCGAGCAGAGCACAAGAUCCGGAAGGAUGCCCAGGUGACUCUGUACCGCAGCUACAGGUCGGGAGAUCUGCCCGACGUCCAGAUCCAGCACAGCAGCCUCAUCGCACCACUGCAGGCCCUCGCACAGAGGGAUGCCAACCUGGCCAAGCAGCUGUUCAGCGCGCUGUUCUCUGGCAUCCUCGCUGAGAUGGAACGCUCCAAGUCCUCUGGUGAGAGGAAGGGGGUUCUGGAGGACCUGCUGCAGAACAUGAACAUCUUCCUGAACAAGAGUACUCUGUACUUCCCCCCGUUUGUGGCAUGUGUGCAGGAUAUGAGCUACCAGCACAGGGAGCUGUUGGGGGUGCAGCCUGCGGCGGUGAGCUCCAGCUGCCUGGCCAGCCUGCAGCAGCCCAUGGGCAUCCUGCUGCUAGAGGAGAGCCUGCUGAAAGGCCCCGCCGCCGUGCCCGAUGAGCCCCCCUCCAAACGGGCACGUGGACGCAGAGAGCUGCCCCCCGACACCGAGCGCUGGAUCCACCUGGCCAAGCUGUACCGGUCUCUGGGAGACUAUGAUGUAGUGAGGGGCAUAUUUGGAGGGAAGAUUGGCACCAAGGCCAUCACCUGUUCAGCUCUACAGGCAGAAGCCAAGAGUGACUACGCUGAGGCUGUCAAGCUCUAUAACGAGGCGUUGAACUUUGAGGAUUGGAAGGAUGGUGAGCCGCUGGACACAGAGAAGGACUUCUGGGAGAUAGCGGCGUUAGACUCCUACAGUCACCUGACCGAGUGGAAGUCCCUGCAGUACUGUGCCACUGUCAACAUUGACGACAGCUCACCUGUGGACCUGGAGAAGAUAUGGAGUGAGCCCUUCUACCAGGAGAACUACCUGCCCUACAUGAUGCGCGGCAUGCUUAAGCAGCUGCAGCUGGGCGAGAGGGACCAGGCGCUGCUCAGCUUCGUCGACGCCGCCAUGAAGGUGGAGGAGCGCAAGGUCGUCAUGGAGACGCACUACAGCCAGGAGCUCAGCCUGCUAUACGUGCUGCAGGAGGACUACGACCGCGCCAAGUACUACGCCAACAACUGUAUGCAGGUCUUCAUGCAGAACUACUCCAGUAUCGACCCACUGCUCAACCAGAGCCGGCUGACGGUGCUGCAGUCUGUGCAGGCCCUGACUGAGAUCCAGGACUUCCUGCACUUCAUCACUGGAGACGUUUCUGUGAUGUCUUUAAAAAAUCUCAUGAGACUCUGGACCUCCCACUACCCUGAUGCCAAAACUGACCCCAUGAAUGUUUGGGAUGACAUCAUUACAUCUCGAUGCUUCUUCCUGGAUAAGAUCUUGGAGAAGCUGAAAGUGUCUGCGCCAGACGACAGCAUGGAGGUGGAUAGAGAUGGAAUGGAUGUGGACCAGCCAGAGGACAUGGAGGCGCUCGUCAAGAACUGCAAAUUCAACAUGAAGCUACGCAUGGCUGACAGCGCAUGGAAACAGAACUGCUUCCCCGUCUCCACCAAGCUGCUGAAGGAGCUGCACCGCGAGGCGAAGACGCAGGAUGACUGGCUGCUGCGCUGGGUGCACAGCUUCAGCCGCUUCGCCCACAGACGCAGCACAAGCCUGGGGCCCUGUGAACAGAUCAGCAGCCUGCUCAAGACCGUGCCUCUGCUGGAGGAGACUGAGAAGCAGAGUGAGCUGUCGGGCCGGGGGCGUGUUUACCGCAGCCAGCGCAUCCUGAUGGGCACCUCCUUCCACCUGCUGGCCUCCGCCAUCAGUCAGAGCGCCUCUGCACUGGAGGCCGUCGGCAAAGACAAGGCAGACAAGCUGCUGCAGUAUGCUGAGGCUUCCUCCACCAGCACACAGUUGGAAGUUGUGGAGAAGCUGGAGUUGCGUGCCCUGGAGCUGCUGCAUAGCGCCACCCGCAGGGCAGAUGAGGAAGUGCAGUCUUUUUCCCAGGACAACUGGGACACUGCGGGCAUCAUUGAGGCCCACAUGACCUUCGCCAACUUCAGUGACAAGAUACUCAGGGAGGAUGAGCAGAGAGGAGGAACAGUGAGCAGGAUUGCGGAGCAGCAGGCCCUGCCGGUGUGUGUGGUGGAGUCCAUGCUGAAAGCCCUGAGGCUCAACUCUGAGGAGGCUCGCCUGAAGUUCCCCCGGCUGCUGCAGCUGGUGGAGCUCUACCCUGCAGAGACCCUGCACAUCAUGGCCAAGGAGGUUGUCACAGUCCCCUGCUGGCAGCUGAUUGGUUGGAUCAGUCAGAUGAUGGCCUUGCUGGACAAGCGUGAGGCGGUGGCAGUGCAGCAGGUGAUCUUGGAGAUAGCAGAGUCCUACCCCCAGGCUCUGGUCUACCCCUACAUGAUCAGCAGUGAGAACUACUCGUUUGAGGAGACGGCAGAGGGACACAAGAAUAAAGAGUUUGUGGAGAGGCUAAAACCUCUGCUUGAUAAGGGAGGGGUCAUCCAAGAUUUUGUUGAUGCCUUGCAGCAGCUGACAAACCCUGAAAUGCUCUUCAAGGAUUGGUGGGAUGAGGUGAAGAAUCGGCUGGACAAACCCAGUCUGGACAAGAAGAUGAUGAGGGCUCUGUAUGAUGAGAUGCACUCCUCUCUGUGUGAUUCGAGAGCUAUGGGGUUCGGCUCUUUCCGCAAGAAGUUCAUACAGAAAUUCUCUAAAGACGUGGAGAAGAUGCUGGGCGCGGGUGGCUCCAAGCUGUUUGAGAAGCGUAAGGAGAAGCUGUAUUUAAAGCAGGUAGAUGAGCUGACCGCCUCCAUGCGGGCCUUCCAGAAGGAGCCGGGGAACCUGAAGGAGUACUCGCCUUGGUUGAGCAACUUCAGGCCCGAAACCCUGAGGAAUGAGCUGGAGAUCCCAGGUCAGUAUGAUGGCAGAUCAAAGCCUUUGCCUGAAUAUCAUGCAAAGAUUACAGGAUUCGACGAGAGGGUGAAGGUCAUGACCUCCCUCCGGCGUCCGAAGCGCCUGAUAAUCCGCGGUGACGAUGAGAAGGACUACCCGUUCCUAGUGAAGGGGGGUGAGGACCUGCGCCAGGACCAGCGCAUCGAGCAGCUCUUCAGCGUCAUGAACAUCCUCCUCAACCACGACACCGCCUGCACCCAGAGGAACAUGCAGCUCCGCACCUACCAGGUGGUGCCCAUCACCAGCAGGAUUGGUCUGAUUGAAUGGAUGGAGAACACCUGCACCCUCAAAGACUUCCUAGCCAGCAGAAGAACAGAGAAGGAGCAGAAGCUCAUCACAGCACCAAAUGAAGCGUAUGCCAACUGGCUCUAUACAUUUGGAAAGGACAUCAGGCAGUACACUGAAACAUAUAAGAAGGCCAGCCGUACAGAAGUCGUCAACAACUUUAGGAAGCUUCAGCAAAUGGUCCCUGAAGAUCUACUAAGGCGUGCAUUUGUUCGGAUGAGCACCACCCCAGAGGCUUUCCUGUCACUGCGUUCCCACUUCGCCAGCUCCCACGCCCUGCUCUGUGUCAGCCACUGGCUUCUGGGCAUCGGUGACCGCCACCUCUCCAACUUCAUGAUCAACACCGAGACCGGCGGCAUGAUCGGCAUCGACUUCGGACACGCCUUCGGAUCUGCUACACAGUUCCUCCCGGUGCCAGAGCUGAUGCCGUUCCGGCUGACGCGGCAGUUUGUGAACUUGAUGCGGCCCCUGCAAGAGUCAGGCCUGAUCCGCAGCGUGAUGGUGCACUCGCUGCGAGCCUUCCGAGAGCAGCCCGAUCUGCUGCUCAACACCAUGGACGUCUUCGUCAAGGAGCCCUCACUCGACUGGAAGAACUUUGAGAUGAAGCAGCUGAAGAAAGGUGGGAAGUGGAUGGAGAGUGUGGAUGUCAAGGAGAUUAACUGGUACCCACUGCAGAAGGUCAGCCUCGCCCGGAGGAAGCUGGAGGGAGCCAAUCCUGCCAUCAUCACUAGUGAGGAGUUGAUGCUGGGCUUUGAGAAGGACCCUGCAGUGAAGGGAAUGCUGGACGUGGUGCGGGGCUUGAAGGAGCACAACAUCCGUGCACGUAAAGCGGAGAAGGACCUCAGCGUGGAGGAGCAGGUAGACUGCCUGCUGGACCAGGCCACAGACCCCAAUCUGUUGGGCAGGGUCUAUGUCGGCUGGGAGCCCUGGGUCUGACAUGGACUCAAUCGGUCUCCCUCUCACACAUUCUCACUGUCUAGGUGCUCAUAGACACGGGUACUUACACGAAACACAAAGGCACUGAUAUAUAAUAAAUGUCCCUGGGAUGUUGAACAGGCGUGACUGACUUACCAGAAAAGCUACAUAUUUUCAGGAUGAAAUUCUAGCCCCAAAAAAGUACUUUGUAAUAGAAAUGGACCAUGAUGUCAUGACCACAUAGGCUCACAAUUAAGGGCCAAGAUACUCUACAGCCGCCAGCUGAUAACCCCCCUCUGUCAUGGAUAUAUGUCAGAAGAUAUAUGUUGGCAUCCAUGUUGUCACUAGUCGAAACUAAUUAUGACUCUUUGUCCUUGUCAAUAAACGACACCACUGUUUUGACCAGCUCAGUUGUUUUGUGUUGUACGGUUACACUCUUUCUGUCCUUAUCAAUAAAAAGCACAACUGCUUUGACAGGCUCAGUUGGUUGACAAACA